UCUCUCGAUGGACAGAGCAUCGUCUCCCUCGUGUAGCGUGGACAUCAGAACCGCCUCCCUCCCGGCCAUCUACACCAAAUGCAGCCAACCGUCGGCACGUCCCGCCGCCAUUCCCUUGUCAAUCUACACUGCCAAGCUCUUCGUCUAUGUCGUCUCCACGUGCGUCCUCCUCUUCAUCCUCUCCCAAAUCUCCCUCCUCCAGUCUCGAUCGGCUCCUUCCCCUCGAUGGCCUCUCUCUCUCGUGCGCCAAUGGCAAAAAAUCAUCCUCGACACCACCUCCUCCGACGUCGCUCUUGACAGCACCGCCGCCGCCGCCAAGGCUAGUAAGGUCGAGGACGUAGACGAGAGGCUCCGCGACGCAGUCACGUUCCUCCCACUCAAGGACCUGCGCUUCGCUGACCGAGCGGCCGAGGGCCACACCUGGUUCAUAAGCUCCCUCAACGAUACCAGCGUCGGCGGCGGGCCCCAGCACAUGCGCUUCCCAUCGGCCAGCUCAAAGGGCCGGGUGCUAUGCCUCAAGGGACGCCACUUCCAUGACGGCUCAUGGAACUCCUACGCCCUCGCGUGGCCUGACGCCCUCCCGCGCGAUGCCACCUUCAUGAGCGGCCUCACUUUCGUGUCCUACAACCACUACGACUACGGCAACAUAUGGCACGGCUUGUCCACCGUGUUCCCUUUCGUGGCGUGGCACCAGGGGCACGGUUGCCGCCGCCCGCCCGAGCGGUGGGUGCUGUACCACUGGGGCGAGCUCCGACCCGGAAUGUCGCCGUGGCUGAGCAAGCUGAUGGAGGCGACGUUCGGAAAGCCACCGUCCGUAGAAGUGUUUGAUAAAAUCAAGGAGGACGGCUCUGUCUGCUUCGAGGACGCUGUGGUGACGAGGCACAACGAAGGAGGGAUGUCCACGGAGAGGAGGAUCGAGGCCUACGGAUUGCUGAGGUGCAGCGUGAGGAGAUACUGCAACGUGAGCUCGGAGGUCGAUGGUGAUGGUAACAAGGUCAACACGGUACGUUUGACGUUGUUUAUGAGACGAGGCGGGAGGUCGUUCAGGAACGAGUCGGCCGUCGUCGGGAUUUUCCAAAGGGAGUGCGAUAAGGUUGAAGGUUGUCGGCUCACGUUGGCUCACUCCGACGAUCUCAGUUUUUGUGAUCAGGUGAAGCUGAUGAGCGCGACGGAUGUGUUGGCGUCGCCGCAUGGGGCGCAGCUGACCAAUAUAUUCAUGAUGGACCGAAACAGUAGUGUGAUGGAGUUCUACCCUAAGGGGUGGCUGCACUAUGCCGGGGUUGGCCAAUAUGUGUACCAAUGGCUGUCGAGCUGGUCGGGGAUGAGCCACCAGGGUGCCUGGCGGGACCCGGUCGGCGAGGAGUGUCCUUACCCACAGGACACCGCCAAAUGCUUCGACUUCUACAAGAAUGGCUUGAUCGGGCAGAACGAGACCCAUUUCAGCGAGUGGGCAAGAAAGGUUCUCGUUGAGGUGAAGCUAAGAAAGAUUGGAUAUUCCGUUUCAAAGAGGAAGCAGGACUCUAUCGAGAUCGGUGGUUGUGCUUGCAAUUGAUAAUUCUAAUAUAUUGUUUUUCCAUUUUCCAUAGCAUCAACCUUCAUUUUCUUACCCAUUUUUUU